CCAGGAUAUUUCUGUCAGACUUUUUCUGAUGAGCAAAUCCUAUAAAGCAGCGGUCCCCAACCUUUUCACAGACCGGGCUUUAAGGUGUGACGGAUAAAUACAACAAAAUAAAAUGAUACGACUGGCAUAAAAACUGUCACCAACUGUGACCUUCACGUGACAAAGAUGUAACAUCGAAAAAUUUUUUCAAAAUAAAAGAUUGUAAUGGCUGAGCACACUUCUACUGGUUAUUUGUUUGCAAAAAUCCACCGCUCCCGGCUCUUCUGGUCCAAUCAGCACAGGGCAGUGCCACAGAGUUAUUUUGUGUUGGAAAUGUAAAAAAUAUAUAUAAUGAGCGAGUACAUCAUGAACCCAUUUUCCAAACCAUGUUUUUGUCUUAUCCUGAAUCACUAUUGUACACCUAUAAUAAGUGUUUAUAUUCGGACUAUUUUAGUCUGGUUGGGGUCGGCAACGCUGCAGAGUAGCACAGUACCUGCGUGACUCGCCAUAGAUGUAAACAGAGAGAAGUAGAUCCGGCUACAAUGCUCUUCCGCCAGACGCGAAUAUAAAAAAUGUUACGUUACUGUGACCUCAGGAGCUGCUCUAGAUCUAAAGUGUGUUUGUGGUUUCAGAAAACCCUGACACCUGAGGUUUCUGUGCCAUCAGGUCAUGGGGGGUCAUCUUCUGGGAAUCCCCACCAUUCCAGCCCAACACGGAGUUAGUCUGAUGUCCUAAAAUAUCUGGAUCAGAGUCUGAGCAGUCAUUUAUCUUCCAUCCGCAACCUUAAAGGAAAAAUGCUGUGAUCAUUUACUCAUCCUCGUUUCAAACCCAUGUCACCGCCAAGCUCCAAACAAUAGAAAGCUUGAUAACAGCUGUCCAUAUGACUCAUGCACUACAUUAGAAGUGCUCUUGAGUCAGGUGAUGUUUAGUGUGAGGAACACUGAUCUUCUCUACGCUGAAGCAGGUGUCCAGCCCACCUUCACAUGAAGUCCAUCAGUCAAUAAUAACUCUUUUCAGUCUGUUUUUCAUAUGAGGAGUCAUAUGUCCUCAGAUUACAUGGAAAGCAGUACAGGAGUAAAUAACAGCAGAUUUUGGUUUUGAGUGAAUUAUAACUUUAAUACUGUCUAAUCUGUUUGUGCUGAGGCAGAUCACCACAGAUUUUCUUUCAUGUCAGAUGAAUCUUUCUGCAAUGGCCAGCAGGCAUUUAAGCGUGAGAGCCGUCCUCAAAUGUCCUGUGUGAAAUUGAAUAAAGACUGUCAAACUGUCUAGGGUUUGUUUGACAUGACUCAAAAUGGAGGACAUACUGUAUCAUUCGAUUCUGUAGAACCCAAGGAAUGUGAUCUUUAUAGGGUAAAGAAAUUAUAUUUAUGGUAUAAUUUAUUAUAUAUUUUGAUCACAAAUCCAGUUUUGUAAUGAUAUGUGAAUGCAUUUAUAAUAUAAGACAUCUUACAGCAAAACUUAAUUUGACAGAUGUCCAGCAUGUUUGACCUGGUUUAUAACAAUAUAUUCCAUCUUGUAACAGCUAUAUCAUUUGUGUUGUCAUCAACUUUAUUACAAGUAAACUGAAAACGGACUAUUUUCAGAAAAGUUUUAAUAGCAAUGGUAUUUUCUCAUCUUAUCUCCAAAUAAAGUAGUAUUUUUAAGUGCGUCUUUGUUUACAGCAGUAACCAAUGAAAGCUGCAUUGCUGCUGUUGCAUGAGCGCCUCCUGCUGUCAGAGGACGAAUCUGACUCUCAUUCUGAGCUUCUGCUGUUUCUGUUUCAUGCAGAUUUGUUUUAUGUAGCACGAUUUCACAAAUAUAAAGUCAGACUGCAAAAACAACUGCUCAUGCAAUGUGUGUAGCAUAUUUGUUUGGAUCGUGAUUAAAAUGUAGUGGUUUCUUCUAAUUUUAAAUGGCAACAGAUAUUUUAAGGCUAGUUUGCUUGUUAUAGAGCAAAUUAACAAUAAACACAUUUUCUAAAUAAAAUAAAAUAAAACAUAUCAUAAUCUGCCAUGAAUAUUCAUGAUUAGUGCAUCACUAAUUAAAAUACUCAAUAAAAGGCCACAGCUUCAGUAGGUACAGUAGAUAUUGUCCUUCCUAAAGGCUGAAGUCAGGGAUCUUGGGCUUGUGAUCUAGAUAGUUUCACUUCAAAUCAUUAGGAGUUUUUUGUAUGGUAAUUAUCAUCAUUAUUAUUCUAUUACUUUAUUUUAAAGAAUGACAGUCUAUGUACAAUUUGAUCAUUUACUGUAUGAAUGUUGUUGCUUUUUCUCAGCUAUUAUUUUGGCAGAAACCCGCAGGAAGAUCUCAGUGCUUCCUUUCAUUGACAACAGCAGCAGAUUUAUAAAUGAUUCUCAUUACGGAAGAUGUUUGUCACAAGUAUCACAUUGUAACAUUCUUUUUAAUGUUACUGAGCAACUGAGGAGUAACACAGUUUAAGCUCAGUUUUGAUCCCUUCGCUGCGAGCUCCUGUAGCGCUGUCAGAAUACAUGCAAUUCAUGCAUGCACCAGAAAACAUUCUGCAGUUUAUUUACUAAUCGUAAGAGUUCAUUUGUGAUUUCAGUCAUCAUUCAGUAACCUAACCAGCAGCAGCAGCCACCUCUUCUUCUCAUCGGAGAUGUGAUGCAGUCCUAAACAGUCUCUCGCUGUCGCUGCUUAGUGCUUGGAAUCAUUUCUGCAUCUUUCUCUAAUAGUUUCACACUGCCGACCCGGUUGGCUGCAUUAGUGCGUGUCUCUUUUUACAAAGUAAUUCAGUAAAGAGCAGUGUUUUUCUCCCAUUUCAUUUCUUGGAUUAACAUUAAGGACCCUGACAGCAGCUAGUAAAUUAGGCGUGGUCACUUUAAGAGAUAAUACAUCCAAUAAUGUACACAUUCCAUUUCUUUCACAACUGUUUACUUUCACUUAAGACAUAACUGACCAUUUUUUCAUACUUUCAAGGUGACAUUUUUGUAUGUAUUUGUCGUUUCAAGAGCAAGAAGAGACUAAACUUAAUUGUUUAAGGGCUGUAGACAGCUUUCUGCAUGCCCAUUGUAUGCACCGAACAGUGCGCGGGUGCUGAAUUAAGCUUUUCAUGUCUUUUUGUGCCUGUAUUUUUAAUCUAGUGCUGUGUAUUAGUUCGUUCAGGCAUGGGAGGAAGUGAAGAAUAGCUCAGUUUGGUGUUUGCGCAAUCUAAACUAAAAAUAAUAGGGUUGUUCAACUUUAUUGUCAUUGCACAUGUAAGGUGCAAGGCAACAAAAUGCAAUUAGCAUUUUAACCGAGUCAAGUCACAUAUAUUUAUAUAGUGCUUUUAAUAAUACAGAUUGUAACAAAGCAACUGAACAACAUUAAAUAGGAAAACAGUAUGUCAAUAAAGCAAAAAGGCAGUUCAUCAUUGAAUUCAAUGAUGUCAUCAUCCAGCUCAGUUCAGUUUAUAUAGUAUCUGUGCAAUCAAGUCGAGAAAAUCACUGUAAAUGAAGUGUCCCCAAAGGUGACAGCAGCAAGGAACCAAGGAAUCUGUAUCAACUGGAAGUCUUCUAAAAGAGGUUGACGAAACAACAACAACAGCAACGGGGUAAUCAGCUCAAAUGAAACUGUAUGAGUGUUAGUCUCCUUGAGGAUGACUUUGGUUGUGCCCUUUCCUCACUGAACUUUGUUCUGCCGUUUUACAGAUGUGUCUUUAAUUACACAGACACAUUUGUCACUGCAAGUGUUGAUACUAUCAGAGGGUCCUCGUGCCACAUGCACAUAUUCAACUAAAAGACAAUCAGAUGAUCAUCUGCCAUAGUGACCUCUGACUCUGCAAAUCUCACCUGCCAGGAGGAAUGUUUACCUGCAUUUGCAAGCCUUGUGUGUCAGGAAAGCUCAGGUGCAGAUUUAGCUCAUAAUUUUGUGUUGUCUUGUGAUUUGGCAUGUGUGUGGAAUUUAUUCUGAAUUGGAGUGAAAUGAAGAGGAAUUCAACAGUCACACAACAGAUGAAUUUUAUUAUUUCAACAGACAGUAGUAAUAUAAAUAAAUAAUUCAUAAAAAUUAUUUGUAGCGCCAUUUUGGAGAAACUCCACUGGAUGCAAAUAGUGUACUUUCUCCUGUGUUAGCUGCACCACAAGGAUAUGUUUUUCAAGAGGGUAGGGGACCUGCAAGCACCUAGAGUUUGGGCCGACUGACUCCCAGGUAAUCAUGACACCUCAGCCUGGCUAUGUGCCCAAGGUUCCCACUACUCCCUUCGGGGAUCAAGUGGUGAGCCUGCAAGUCCUGCUCCCAGAAGAGGCAGACCCAGCCCUAGCUUUACUCUGUCCCGUCCGAGCAUUGAGAUGCUAUGUAGACCGGACACAAAGCUUCAGGACCUCAGACCAGCUCUUUGUCUGUCAUGGAGGCAGGCAGAAGGGGAUUGCUGUCUCUAAGCAGAAGAUGGCUCACUGGAUAGUGGAUGCCAUUACCCUGGCUGAUGAGGCACAGGGUGUGCCUUGCCCCUUCAGGUGAGAGCCCACUCUACUAGUAGUGUUGCACCCUCCUGGGCACUGGCUUGUGGCAAUCACUGGCAGAUAUCUGUAGAGCUGUGGACUGGGUGACCCCAACACAUUUGUUAGGUUCUAUAGCUUUGUGUAAAGCCAGUGUUUCCCCGGCAGCCAUCUUUAAACUGUUUGCAUGUAUCAAUGCUUAUGAAAAGAUUAAAUGAAACGGGACAAAAUUAAUCUUGACAAAACUAUAUAUCAUUAUAAAGAUCUAAGCCUCAAGCAUUGACUACAGAUCGCUGUUUUUCAAUGGAAAGCUUAUAAAGACUGUAUUUGCUACAUUUGUGUAAGCAGCACACAUAAAAACAUGAACAUCAGAAACGCAGUACAUACCAGAUCCAUCGUAAUAAUGAGUCAUAAAAACAUCCACAGCUGUAAAUCCCGGUUUAGUUAGGAAGGUAAGGGUCCACUGAAUGACAUCUCAUGAAGCAUGUUUAGUCCAACUAAGCAAUAACGUUGUAAUAUGGAUGAUACUUCCUUUGUUUACAUUUCAUUUCUUCAGCGACAGAACUGUUUGUGUCCGUUAUGGCAUAACUCACGCUAAGAAACUGUGUCUUGGUAGUAAAAAAACAGCAUGGUUUUGUUACACAAAUAGAAUGAGACGAUCCUCAAAAAAAGUGAAAGAUGUGCGGAAGAUUGUUUAUUUGAAUUCUGGCGCUCUCUCGUGACGCGAUCUGAUGCACCUGUCAUCUGAUGGAGGCUGAACUUAGUGAUCGGCUUUUGCACAAAUAAUUCCUUUUAUUUAUUUAUUUUUUAUGUGUGAGUGUGUUUUAUGUUGAAUUUGAGCGCAUAUGCAUCUGAAUGCAUCUAUAAAGAAUAGAGUGUGAUUAUUGACUUUAUGGCGCAUCUGUAUGAUUACCAUAUCUAUAGCCGGCCAUCAGCACGUGAUAAUUGACUAUAUGAGCAGAAUUCAUUGUAAAUUAUGCAUUCUCAAGAUGUUCUGUAAUUGGAAUACAUAGUUCAAUCUUUUUUUCUUAUUAAUUUAUAUUAAUCAAAUAUUACUACAUUUUAUUUUAUAUAAAUUUUACAUUUAGACAUAGUCUCAGAAAAAUGGUUACAGGAAUUUCAUUUUUCAUGGUAUCUUCAGAUUUUAAAUAAAAACUCAUGAGACAUGUGACUUUCAAGCUCAUUACUUUUCGAGAUUGCUCCAGGACUGAUUUCAUGUAUUUUUAUGAUCAACCAACCAAUCAGAGUCUCACCUCUGAUUCCUUUUAAAAACCACUUGUGCUCGUGCCAUGAUGGGUUCACUAUAUCACCUGCCUAUAGGUGUAAAUGAGUUGCCUCAAAAUAGCAACACACCGUUUUCACACAGAUCGUUUUCAGACCCGCAUGCUCAUGGGCGCACAAACGGGCAAAUUCUUUUUGCUAUUUUAACAGUGUGGUGCAGGAUGUGAAAUUGACAGCAGCAUUGGGCUGAAACUAGCAAAAAAACACUUGCAUCAUGCCUGGCGUUGCAUUGAGUGGAGUGUAUGAUAGGGGUCUAUGGGUGUGAGAGGAUACAAAACUUGUGAUGUGAAUGAUGCUGAAACUGACAGACAUAUUCAGGAGCUGAAGGCAUCUGACCCCAGUAAAUAAGAAUUAAACAGCAGUAGGAGUGUGUUGCUUGAGAAGCUUGUAUUUUCCCACCUGGAUGCAGCUAGUGCCACUAAAUCCUGUUUACACAUGGAAAUCCCUGAAAUCAAAUUCAUUCUAGAACAAUGACCCUCUCUGUGCUUGGCAUUAAUCACAGCUAAUCCCCUCAUUACACACACCACUGACUCGCAGUGAUGGUGCUCUGGUGUCGCCUGCUGAACCAGAACGAUGGGGACGAGCAUUUGGUUCUGAUGCACCCGACUGUGACUCUGCUCUCUUUGAUUUAUCUUGAUCUGUACUGGUUUAACUUUCUAGAUUUCUGUCAUUCAGAAAGUGUACAUUUGAUGGAAAACAGCAGGUCUGUAGCUGCCUAUUUAAGUUAAUUUAGUUUAAAUUGAUAUGGAAUGCAGUUCAUUCAGAACAAGAGCACUGUAACUUAAGUACAUUUUAUAUUUACAUUUAUGCAUUUAGCAGAUGCUUUAAUCCAAAGCAUCUUACAGUACAUUCAGGCUUUAUAUAUAUAUAUUUACCAAUAUGUGUGUUGCCUGGGAAUUGAACCCACAACCUUUUGCGCUGCUAACGCAAUGCUCUACCACUGAGAUAUAUGAUAAGAGUGUACUGUCAAAUACUGACAAGCAUUUGUGGUAAAAUAUACUUUAAUGUAAUUUUAACUGAAGCUUGUCAAGUCAAGUCAAACCAUCUUUUUUGUAAAGAGAUUUCUACAAUACAGAUCGUAUCAAAGCAGCUUCACAUGUCAAAUAGGUUUAUAUAUAUAUAUAUAUAUAUGUAUGUAUAUAAGUAUUAAUAAGUUUCAAUAUUCCAAGCUAUUACAAAGAUUGUUUGUCAUUUCUAUGUCAAACGCACAUUUGAAAUGAAGUUGCAAUUUAAAAUCUAUUAUUGUGAUAACUUAUACUGAUAAUCAAGUGCUUUAGUAUGUUAGUCACAACAUCAAUGUGAGUGUACUUCUUUAAAGCAUGGGUAAAAAAAAUAAAAUUAUUAUUUAAAAUGUACUUUAAAAUAAAUUUUACAUUUACAUUUAACAGGGCACUUUUUAGAAGUGUGUACACUGCGGUGGUGGUAAUAAGCAUUUUGGUCGGCCACCUACUGUACAUCAUUUUAAGAAAUGUAGUCAUGAAAGUGUACUGUUUUUAUUAUUUCAUUAAUAUUGUAUUAUUUGCAAGUACAAAAAAAAAAAAAAAACAUUACAACAAGUGCAUACAACAAGUGUACUAUUAAGAGCUCUUCUGGUUGAUACCAGCGGUGACACACAGAACUCUGAACCCUUCACAGUAAUGGAUUGAGCUGAGAUUUGAUGUGGUUAGGGUUAGCAGCCUAACAGUUUGGUUUAAUUUGAUCCUGGGCUUGUUGUGCUGCAGAUAGUUCAGGGAUUUAUGGUCCGUGUCAGCAUCUGCUCACUCUCACUGGGAGGAACUCACUCCUCAUCUCCUUUAAUCAUUAUUACUGCGAGCUGGCAGGCAAGGAAUCAUUUUUAUAUUUCAUUGCGCUCACUGAGAUUAGCCGACAUUCACAUGAAAUCCUAUCUAACCAAACGCAGCUGCUUUCAGCCUCAACUUCCCUGAACCCAGCCAAGCAAAACGAAACCUCCAGAAUGGCAAAAGUCAAAGCUUUCACUGGCUGAUUUUGCGAACGCUUUUUGAUUCACGGGAGACGAGCGAUUAUGUCUGUAACCAGACUAGCUCAGAUGAGCAACAUCAGUCUGAAUAAUAUCAGGACUCACUGUUGAUUUACAGCAGCAUCAGCGAUUUGUGUGACGUUUCGAAUUGAAUUAUCACUUGUGCUAAGUUAGAAAAAUACUAAAUAAGGCAUUAUAUAUAUAUAAAUAAACAAGUUAUAUAAAAAGUCAUUUAUUAAAUGAAUGCAUGUAAUCCUGCCCUCUGACCUGUAUGAAAAUCUGGUACUAUCAUAUACAUUUAAGGCUAUGGUCAUGUGAUGUGUCUGUACAGCUCCGUCAUAAUGCUGUCAGCCUCUGUUUUCCUCACCAUCACAUGUGUUUGUGUAGUAGAAACUGAACAUCUCCUCUCCUCAGGGGUGUCAUCAUCAGCCUCCAGCUGCAGACAGGAGGAUCGUGGGACGUGACUGAGGGAUUGAGCCUAUGGCAGAGCAGCAGCAGAGCGACACAGGUCCCUUUGUGUGAAUCUACCAUGGACCCUGUGCUCUGUCUGAUCCUGGUCCUGGGAAUGGCUGUAAUGAUGGCCCAUGCGUGCCCCAAGUACUGUGUGUGCCAGAACCUCUCGGAGUCGCUGGGGACCCUGUGCCCGGCCAAAGGCCUGCUCUCCGUGCCACCUGAUAUAGAUCGCAGCACUGUGGAGCUCCGGUUGGGGGGAAACUACAUCCUUCGAAUCACAAAACAGGACUUUGCCAACAUGACAGACUUGGUGGACCUUACACUCUCCCGCAACACGAUAAGCUACAUACAGCCCUUUUCCUUCGGGGACCUGGAGACACUCCGUUCUCUCCAUAUGGAUAACAACCGUUUAGUGGAAUUGGGCCCCAAUGACCUGCGAGGGCUGGUCAAUCUGCAGCAUCUCAUCCUCAAUAACAACCAACUGGGUCGCAUCUCUAAGAAGGCGUUUGAAGACCUGGCUGCAUCGCUUGAGGAUUUGGACUUGUCCUACAACAACCUUCAGGCUCUGCCCUGGCAUUCAGUCCGGCAGAUGAUCAACCUGCACCAGCUGAGUCUGGACCACAAUUUGCUAGACUACAUCCCUGAGGGGACCUUUGUGGAUCUGGAGAGGCUGGCCCGCUUGGACCUGACCUCCAAUCGGCUCCUGAAGCUUCCGCCGGAUCCUAUCUUUGCCAGGGCGCAGGAUUCUGAGGCGAUGACCACACCAUUCGCCCCUCAGCUCUCACUCAGCAUAGGUGGAAACCCGCUUCACUGCAACUGCGAAUUGCUUUGGUUCCGGCGUCUGGAGCGGGACGAUGAUCUGGAGACUUGUGCCUCACCUCCUGGCCUGAAGGGCCGCUACUUCUGGAACAUUCGGGAGGACGAGUUUCUGUGUGAGCAGCCUCUGAUUACUCAACACACCCACCGCAUGCUGGUUCUGGAGGGGCAGACCGCCAGUCUACGGUGCGAAGCCAUCGGAGAUCCCACCCCAACCAUACACUGGGUGACCCCUGAUGAUCAACUGCUUGGGAACUCCUCUCGCACUGUGGUGUACCGCAACGGGACGCUGGAGAUCCUGAUCACCACUUCCAAGGACUACGGGACCUUCACUUGCAUUGCAGCCAACCUGGCUGGUGAAUCAACUGCUUCAGUGGAGCUGUCAAUUAUUCAGCUACCCCACAUAAGCAAUGGCACAAGCCAGGCAUCGCAUCCCAAGUCCCGACUGUCAGACAUUACCGGCAGCUCCAGGACCAGUAAAGGUGCCCCCAAGAACCAGCCAGAGAAAGCAGUGUCUGUGUCUGAGGUGACCGCUGUGUCUGCCCUGGUCAGUUGGUCCAUCAGCAAGACUGCUCCCAAAGUGAAAAUGUACCAACUACAGUACAACUGCUCAGAUGAUGAAGUCCUCAUCUACAGGAUGAUUCCUCCCUCCAAUAAAGCCUUCCAUGUAACAAGCCUGGUAUCUGGGACUCUGUAUGACCUGUGUGUGCUGGCCGUCUGGGACGACUCGGCCACCACACUCACUGCCACUAAUGUGGUGGGCUGUGUGCAGUUCUACACCAGGGACCUGUACCCACUGUGCCAGUCUCUGCACGGGCAGCUGUUGGGCGGCACCAUGAUCCUGGUGGUGGGUGGCGUGAUCGUGGCCACGCUGCUGGUGUUUAUCAUCAUCCUGAUGGUGCGCUACAAGGCGGGGGACGGCGGAGGGGGCGGAAAAACCCCUGUCAGCAAGCUGAGCAAUGUUAGUGAGACGUACUCUCAGACCAACGGAGGGAGGCCGGGGCAGAACGGAGUGCCUCUGCUGGCACCCAAGCCCAAAGCCAGCAUGCAGGAUGAAGCGGUUGAAUUCAAGUGUGGUUCGCUCCAGAGCAGCAUGUCCUCUUCCUCCUCCUCUUCCUCCUCAGGUUCAGCAGAUCCCACGUCCUACAGCCCCAACAGUGCCCUCGCCAGCAUCUGGAGGUCUGCGCCUCCUAAGCCUCGCACUAACUUAGACCAGCUUCUAGGGGCCUUCACAUCGCUGGAGCUUCGGGGCCAGAGCAAGGAGCCGCGUGCGCCUGUAAGCUCGGCUAACACAGCUGCUGCUUCGGCCCCAGCGGGCCCUACUGACAGGGAGCCUCUGUUGGGCCGGACGCUGGACUCACGGCUUAGCAAGCUGCUCAUGUUACCUCUGGACUCCAAACCCAAGAGGAGCCACUCGUUCGACAUGGGUGACUUCACGGUGUCGACGGCACAGCAGCUGUGCUCGUACCCGCGCCGGAUCAGCAGCAUCUGGACUAAACGCAGCCUGUCGGUGAACGGCAUGCUGCUUCAGUGCGACGAGGAAGGGGACAGCUGCGGGAGCAAAGGCACCACUGAGAGCUCCGAGUGGGUUAAAGAGAGUACUGUAUAGGGACCGAAACUACAGGAAGAGAGACAAUAUAAACUCCAUCCUGCAUGACUCUGAAUAUGUAUUUUUAUUUUUUUAUUGUUGUUAUUCACCUUGCCAUAUCCAGAACAGAUGCAUCAUUCAGAGGGUGAAUUCACGAAAUGGUCGCACCACUCUAGAUACAGUUUUUCAACACAAAACACGGUCAGAUCCUUCCGUUGACCCUUGGUUUUCAGCAUGAACAAGCACAUUGUAGCUUGAACCUUAUUCACACAAUUUGCCUGCUGCAAUUAAGUCCAAAGUAUUUUACGCACACACCAGCGUCCGCAUACAAAUAGUUACCGUAAUAGUAUGUGCACACUGUACGCACAAAAUCAGAUUUUUUGUAACAAAUUUUGUGCAUAUUUGGUACAUGCAGGUCACAUAUGCACAUUAAAUUAGUUUUGCACCAAUCUGCAAUGCUAGCCCGGGCCGCUGUUUACAGUAGAAAACCAAACUGAGGAGAUGAAACAACAACAACAAACUAGUGGAGACUGCAGCAACAACAGCAUUAACAAGCAUUUUUGUGUGAGGGGAUUAUGAGAUCGCAGCAGCUUUAGUUAAAAAAGAGCUUUUUACCAGACUAAGAUCAAGCUUUGUACAGCGAACCUGGCAACUUUCUGUGUUCAUGCACACUGUCAAGUACUUUCAAAGGCUACAUGUUCAACUGAACACAUAUGCUAGUGUACACCUAAAAAAAAGAAUGCAUUAUACUUUGGGCUUUACACUUCAUCCUCACGUUUAUUCAGAAGAGAUGAUUUUCUGUUGAAGCAGUUAUUCAUCAAUUAAAGAAGAGAUUAUAACCAUCUGUAUAUGCGGACACAUGAGGACCUUCUGUAUUUUAAAGAGUUGAUUCAGUUGUCUGGGUCAUAGUGGUGGACUGAUGCUGUGCAGUCACAGGAAAGUUUGUCAGAUCAUGCUGGUCUGAAGCAUCCGAAACUUGACUAAACCGACGGGAAGCAGAUUGUGUGGGUGUCUUAGUGACAUUAAGCUCCUGACACACCAACAUCAGGCUAAAGACUAUAGACACCUGCUGGUAUAGACAGCUCAUCACAGGCUGUACCUGCUGUAGUGUACCCCAGACAAGCAGGACAUGAGGCAACAACACAGCCGUCUGCAGUCACCGCUAGUGCUUUCUUCUCAUGAUCUGCAUGAUCUCCUAAAGCUGCGCAGGCGACUGGUCGGUGGUCACGAUUCCUUCUUAGCGAAUCCUCCCAGUCUGCUGUGCUGACUCACUGGUGUGAGACGUGUGUGUGUGUGUGUGUGUGUGUGUGUGUGUCGUCUUCAUGUCUUAACUGUGUCUGAAUCGUACAGGUGGGAAUGAAUGUGGAAGAACUGUGGGACGGACUGGUGUGCUGCUGCAGUUUUCUAGGCUGGAAUGGGAAUUGAAGCACAUAGACAGGAAAUUGCCAUGAAGAUCCGCAUAAAGACUCUGUCAAUAUCUUUAUGUACAACACUGUUUAUAUGUGUUAUCAAUAUACAAAUUUAUAUAUUUUUUAUCUUGUUGGUCAAAUGCACCUCUUUUUUAAUGAAAGAGAAUUUCUGAAGCUUCAUGGUUUAUCUCACUCUCUUGAAGUUCUUGUUCAUUCAUUUUUGAGAAAUCGUGUACAGUUUCAAUGAAUCCUCAGAUAUUUGAAGCCGUCUGUUUACAUGUGAUGUUUUCUACAUUCCUGUAUUUACAAAGGUAAUGAAUGGAAAGACAUGAGACCAUAGUAAUGAAAACGGCUGUGUGAAAAUAUCAUGAAACAUGUCUAUUGUGUUAUUUUAAGUCACUUAAGCUUCUCACACAGAGGCACUCAGGGGCCUCGGCUAGCUUCCAGGGGGCCGUCAGAUGACUUAAAAGUAUUAAAAUGAAUAAAUAUGAAUAUAUUGAAACUAUCUAAAAUGAAAAGCUGUAUUUGCUUUUCCCACCUCAAUAAGUAUUUUUAUUAGAUUUAAUCAGAAAGCAUACAGUGUUUUGAAUCUUGUGUUGGAAAGUGGGGGGCUGUAAAAGGUUGAGAAGCACUGUCCUAGUUCACCCAAUCAAAGACAGCUGAAAGAAUCGGUGUGCAUCACAGUAUUGCUCUGGGUUCACUGGUAUUCAUCCUGCUUCACUUAGGCAGCAUUCACACUGCAGAAUGCGGUGUCACUCCUCUUCUGAGUGUUUCAUCAGGUUCUGCUCAAACACAGCUCGUUUAUUAACAGGAGUCACUCUGCAUUAUACAGCCCAGUUCCUCCUGAAGGA